GACAUUGCGCAUGCGCCAUGAAACCGCGCCUCUCUCCCGGCCCGGGUUCCCCGAAGCCAAGCGACCGCCGCCGCCGCGAGACCUGCUGACCUGGCCCGGGCCUUGCGCGCCCUUGUAGACUCCACGGACGUUCGGGAGAUCGGUGCAGGCCUGGGGUAGUCUCCUGUCUGGACAGAGAAGAGAAGAAUGCAGGACACUGGCUCAGUAGUGCCUUUGCAUUGGAUUGGUUUCGGCUAUGCAGCACUGGUUGCUACUGGUGGGAUCAUUGGCUAUGUAAAAGCAGGCAGUGUGCCAUCCCUGGCAGCAGGGCUGCUCUUCGGCAGCCUAGCCGGCCUGGGUUCUUACCAGCUGUCUCAGGAUCCAAGGAACGUUUGGGUUUUUCUAGCUACAUCUGGUACCUUGGCUGGCAUUAUGGGAAUGAGAUUCUACCACUCUGGAAAAUUCAUGCCUGCAGGUUUAAUCGCAGGUGCCAGCUCGUCCCUGUGGUGGCCGAAGUUUCAGUGCGAAGCCAUGACUGCAGCCUUUUGUGUGACUUGCACAGAAGUUUGCUGAUGGUUGCCAAAGUUGGAGUUAGUAUGUUCAACAGACCCCAUUAGCAGAAGUCAUGUUCCAGCUUGGACUCCUGAAGAAUUAAAAAUCUGGCAUCUUAUACUAUUUUCAGUGUAUGAAGAGAAAUAAAGGCAGCAUUUUUGCAUCUGACAUUUUACCUAAAAAAAGAAAAAAAGCCACCAAACGUAGCAGAGGGGUGGAAAAUCAGUCAUUACGAUUACAAUCCUACAGGGGUGGCGAGUAUGUUACAGAAGAGCUUAAUAAGAGCCUCAUAGAGAUUGAUUCUCGUAUGUUGAUGUUAUCACUUUUUUCUGUAUCUGUAGGUAAAUCGCAAGGGUAAAAUGUCAGGUGUCAUCUUUGAGGGCCCAGAAACCCCAUUCCCUGCUCAGUGGAACAGUGUGAAGAAAUAUCUUAUGAGAUUUGGAAUAUCUGUUCUUUUGCUCAUCUUAAAGCACAGACUGAUGUUGAAAUUAUGUUAAAUGAAAUACCAAUGAAAAUAAAGUUUACUAUAAA